ACCGUACAUACCGUGUACGGUACUCUCAGUCGUGUGGCAGAAGUUGUGCUCUCUUCCAACUUCAAUCCAUUCUCUGAUUUGAAGAGGAGGAAAGCAGGGUGCAGCGCCAGUGUACUCUGCAAAGGUUUGCACGAUGGCAGACACAGCGGCAAAGCCCCCAAAGAAGCUAGGCGUGCUGCAGAACUUUGCUGCAUCAGCAAUAGCAGCUUGUACUGCUGAGGUGACUACUCUACCGAUUGACACAGCCAAGGUGCGCCUCCAGCUGCAAGGCAAGGCCAUCGCAGGCGAGGGUGGCAAGCUGGCAGAGCUGAAAUAUCGAGGUCUGUUGGGGACUGUUGGGACUGUUGCCAAGGAGGAGGGGGUGGGGGCAUUGUGGAAGGGCGUCGUGCCGGGGCUGCACCGACAGGUUUUGUUUGGAGGUCUUCGGAUAGGACUGUAUGAGCCGGUGAAGAACCUGUACGUGGGGAAAGACUUCCAAGGAGAUGUGCCGUUGAUCAAGAAGAUUGCAGCAGGGCUCACAACAGGCGCUCUUGGGAUCCUGGUGGCAAACCCAACAGACCUGGUGAAGGUGCGGCUGCAGGCGGAGGGCAAGCUGCCCCCGGGCGUGGCCAAGCGCUACAGCGGGGCCAUGAACGCAUAUGCCACCAUCAUCAAGCAGGAGGGCGUAGCCAAGCUGUGGACGGGGGUGGGCCCCAACGUGGCGCGCAACGCCCUCAUCAACGCCGCGGAGCUUGCCAGCUACGACCAGGUCAAGCAGACGCUGUUGAAGGCUGGCUUCCAGGACAACAUUGGCACGCACAUCAUGUCCGGCCUGGGUGCGGGCUUCAUUGCCGUCUGCGUGGGCUCCCCCGUUGAUGUGGUCAAGUCGCGGGUGAUGGGCGACGCCAGCGGGCAGUACAAGGGCACCAUCGACUGCUUCGUCAAGACCUUCAAAAGCGACGGCAUCGGCGCGUUCUACAAGGGCUUUAUUCCCAACUUUGGACGGCUGGGGUCGUGGAACGUGAUCAUGUUUCUGACGCUUGAACAGGUCAAAAAGUUGAUGGCUCAACAAUGAGAGCGCUGCAGCCUGCAAGAGGCAACUUGAAGCUCGCUGAGGACCGUGAAGGUCGACAUGUCCAAUUGAGUUGAAAGCAAUACUUAUAUUACAUGCAGAGGCAGCAAUAUUUGACGGCCAUAGUUCGAACCUGAACUUGUUAUUGUAACGGAAACAAAUGAGGUGUUACGUUACUCGUUGCCAGUAGUGAAGGCAGGCAUCACGAAGGUGUAGUGAAGCGGAAGCCAACAUCUGCACAAGCAAAAUGAAAAGUAUCAUAAAGACUCUGACUGCACUCGAUCUUGGUCGGGCACACAUUCCAUUUUGUCCUCAUUUUCAACUUUGCACGCUGUCCCCU